AUGUCGUUCCCGCAGCUGGGCUACCAGUACAUCAGGCCGCUGUACCCCGCCGAGCGCCCGGGCAGCGGCGGCUCCCGGGGCGGCGCGGAGCUGGCCCCGUCCGGGACCCUCUCCAACGUGCUCUCCUCCAUGUACGGCGCGCCCUACGCCGCCGCCGCCGCCGCUCAGGGCUACGGAGCCUUCCUGCCCUACGCCGCCGAACUGCCCAUCUUCCCGCAGCUGGGCGCGCAGUACGAGCUGAAGGAGAGCCCCGGGGUGCAGCACGCCGCCUUCCCGCACCACCACCCCGCGUUCUACCCCUACGGGCAGUACCAGUUCGGGGACCCGUCGCGGCCCAAGAACGCCACCCGCGAGAGCACCAGCACGCUCAAGGCCUGGCUCAACGAGCACCGCAAGAACCCGUACCCCACCAAGGGCGAGAAGAUCAUGCUGGCCAUCAUCACCAAGAUGACCCUCACCCAGGUUUCCACCUGGUUCGCCAACGCGCGGCGGCGGCUCAAGAAGGAGAACAAGAUGACCUGGGCCCCCCGCAGCAGGACGGACGAGGAGGGCAACUCCUACGGCAGCGACCACGAGGGGGAAGAGGACAAGAGGGAGGACGAGGAGGAGAUCGACCUGGAGAACAUCGACACCGAGAACAUCGAGAGCGCCAAGGACGAGCUGGAGGACGAGCUGCAGGACGCGGACCUGCUGCACUCCGACUCCAAGACGGACUCGGAGGGCUCCGAGGGCUUCGAGGACCUGCCCGGCUCCGAGGAGCGCUACCUCGGCCCGGCCGCCGCCGCCGCCGCCGCGGAGCCGCUCCGCCUCCGCCACCAC